AGUGGGCGGCGGCAAGGAGGAAGCCACUAGCCAGCGAGAGAGGCAGCGGUAGCGGCGCAGCUAGGCGAGGAAGAGAUUGGAUAGGGCAGCUAACUUAUUGGACACAGAGUGCUGUUUUGGAGAACAUGUCAUCCAUAUUGCCAUUCACUCCACCAGUUGUGAAGAGACUGCUGGGGUGGAAGAAAUCAGCUGGUGGUUCUGGAGGGGCUGGUGGUGGUGAGCAGAAUGGUCAGGAGGAAAAAUGGUGUGAGAAGGCAGUGAAAAGCUUGGUCAAGAAGCUCAAGAAAACAGGACAACUAGAUGAGCUUGAGAAAGCAAUCACCACUCAGAACUGCAAUACAAAAUGUGUUACAAUACCAAGCACUUGCUCUGAAAUUUGGGGACUGAGUACACCAAAUACGAUAGAUCAGUGGGAUACAACAGGCCUUUACAGCUUCUCUGAACAAACCAGGUCUCUCGAUGGCCGUCUACAGGUAUCUCAUCGUAAAGGAUUACCACAUGUUAUUUACUGCCGCUUGUGGCGCUGGCCAGAUCUUCACAGUCACCAUGAACUUAAGGCAAUUGAAAACUGUGAAUAUGCUUUUAAUCUUAAAAAGGAUGAAGUAUGUGUAAAUCCUUACCACUAUCAGAGAGUGGAGACACCAGUUUUGCCUCCUGUGCUAGUGCCACGACAUACUGAGAUUCUAACAGAACUUCCACCUCUUGAUGACUAUACUCAUUCCAUUCCUGAAAACACUAACUUUCCAGCUGGAAUUGAACCACAGAGCAAUUAUAUACCAGAAACGCCACCACCAGGAUAUAUCAGUGAAGAUGGAGAAACAAGUGAUCAGCAGUUGAACCAAAGCAUGGAUACAGGAUCUCCAGCAGAGCUAUCUCCUAGUACUCUCUCCCCAGUUAAUCAUAGCCUGGACUUACAGCCAGUUACUUAUUCAGAGCCUGCGUUUUGGUGUUCAAUAGCGUAUUAUGAACUGAAUCAGAGAGUGGGAGAAACCUUCCAUGCAUCACAGCCUUCGUUGACUGUAGAUGGUUUUACAGAUCCAUCAAAUUCAGAAAGAUUUUGUCUAGGUUUGCUCUCCAACGUUAACAGAAAUGCCACGGUGGAAAUGACAAGGCGACACAUAGGAAGGGGAGUGCGUCUGUAUUACAUUGGUGGGGAAGUUUUUGCUGAGUGCCUAAGUGAUAGCGCAAUCUUUGUUCAGAGCCCCAAUUGUAAUCAAAGAUAUGGCUGGCAUCCUGCAACGGUGUGCAAAAUUCCACCAGGAUGCAACCUGAAGAUCUUUAAUAACCAGGAAUUUGCUGCUCUUCUGGCUCAAUCUGUGAAUCAGGGUUUUGAAGCAGUGUAUCAGCUAACUAGAAUGUGUACCAUAAGAAUGAGUUUUGUUAAAGGAUGGGGGGCUGAAUACAGACGGCAAACAGUAACAAGCACUCCUUGCUGGAUUGAACUGCAUCUGAAUGGUCCUCUACAAUGGUUGGACAAAGUAUUGACUCAGAUGGGCUCUCCUUCAGUACGCUGCUCCAGCAUGUCGUAAAACACCUUCCUCUGUUACCAGUGGGCUAAAUAUCAAGUCCAGUCAACAGACUUAAUAUAACAGCUCGUCUGUCUUAGUAUUUGUGUGUGGUUCCCAUGAACUGUUUACUAUUCAAAAAGGUUUUUAAAAAACAAAACAAAAACAGCACUUGAGGUCUCAUCAAUUAAAGCACCUUGUGGAUUCUGUUUCCUGUACUCUGAUACUAGAUGAAAAUUUAGUGUAUAGAAACACCUUCUGAAGGAGGAAGGGACAGUUCUAAAGACUCUUAAUGGUGUUUUCAUUGGGUGUAUAAUUGAGUGUCCUAAAGGUUUAUCAAUAACAUGAAUAGUUGCGUAUAUGUACAGGUAAUGUAUCAUGAUCUCCAAUAUCACAGUAUUGUGCUGUUCUACAUUUUUAGUACCCAUAAACAGAUGUGUGCUCUUUUUAAUUUUGGGCAAACUUCUGAUAAAAUUCCAAGUUCUCUCUAAUCCUAUAUUCUUUUUAUAUUUUUUAUAUAUGCAGGUUUUAAAGUUGUCCUUUAAAAAAAAAAAGG